CGUAGGGAGGAGCGGUGGUGGGAGGAGUAAAGGAGCGAGAGGGCAGUCGCACAGGACGUGGAACGGCCGUUGCCGUGGAACGUGUGCGCUGGACUCGGUUCGUUUCUCUUACAUUUAUUCGUUAUGACAAUACAGUGAUCCAGCGCUAAGCGCUGCGACCGUACGUUUUUACGAUUCGUUCGGCUACGGCAGCAAGAACGAAGACGAGCCGAAAACGAGACGAAGAAGAAGAACAAGAACAACAACAACAACAACAACGACGACGACGACGACGACGACGACGACGACGACGAGGAAGACGCGAGAUGGAGACGCGUCGCGGCACGGUCUAACCGUGGCAGCCUGUUUCCGUCCUUCUCUCGUUCCUUCGUACCUUCGCUGGGGUCUUCCUCCUUCGUGAAUUUUAGUGUGUGCGUCAUGUGCCGCCGCCGUCGUUGUACCUCCGUCGUCGCGUGUGUCCUCUUCCAGUGGAUUACCAUCCUCGAGUAAAAUCUCCCAUUUACUCUCCUUCUCCCUCCUUCUCUUUUGUGAAAAACAAAAAGUUAUUACGAGGGGAAGGAAGAAAGUGUCUUUGCUCGAGGUUCGCCGGUACGCCCAUCUCUGUACGAUUGAGAAAGAGAAGGAGAAAGACGGAGAUAGAGCGAAGAGUGAGCGAGAGAGAGAGAGAGAGUGAGAACGAGCGAUAGAGAGAGAGAGAGAGAGAAAAGAAAGAAAGAAAGAAAGAGGGAGAGAGAAGGAAUUUUCUUCUCUCCAUUAUUAGUGAUCGUUCCUUCUCCUCUUGUGUUCGGUUCGUUGCGGUGUAAGUACGACGACUCCGAGGACGAAGAUUAGGAAGGAGCUCUUCUCUUUCUCUCCAAUUCUUGUAUUUUUGUCUGACUCUCGUGGUGCUGAGGCGAGAGAGAGAAAGAGAGAAAGAGACAUACAGAGAGAAAGAAAGAGAGAGAGAGAGAGAGAGAGAGAGAGAGAGAAAGAGCAAGUUCGACGGUUUGGUGGGGUUGUGGGGUGGUGGUGGAAGGUGGAGUAGAGUCAGCGAGCGAGCGAGAAUAAAGAAAGAGCGAGAGAGAAAUAUAAGAAGCGAGAAGAGAGAGGGGACACGUCUGGUCCGAUUCCGUGCGUUCGAACGAGAGAGAUAACGCGAGGGAGCGCAAGUGGCGUAUCAAGAUGGCGCAUAAUUUGGCACCGAGCGUCAACUGCUCGCUCGACGACAUUGACCUGAACGCCCUGAAGGAACCUGCUGGGAUAUUCGAGCUGAUCGAAGUCGUCGGCAAUGGAACGUACGGGCAAGUUUACAAAGGUCGACACACCAAAACGGGUCAGUUGGCGGCCAUCAAGGUCAUGGACGUCACAGAGGAUGAAGAGGAAGAAAUCAAAUUGGAAAUAAACGUACUGAAGAGGUAUUCGAAUCAUAGAAACAUAGCUACGUACUACGGUGCCUUCGUGAAGAAGUCAUCACCAGGGAAGGACGAUCAGCUAUGGUUGGUUAUGGAAUACUGCGGAGCUGGCUCCGUCACAGACCUCGUCAAAUCGACGAAAGGUCAGAGCCUUAAGGAAGAAUGGAUCGCUUAUAUUUCGAGAGAAAUAUUAAGGGGUCUCAGUUAUCUUCACAGUAACAAAGUAAUCCACAGGGAUAUAAAAGGACAGAACGUACUUCUGACCGACAAUGCCGAGGUCAAGCUUGUUGACUUUGGCGUUAGCGCGCAAUUGGACAGAACGAUAGGCAGAAGGAAUACGUUUAUAGGUACACCUUAUUGGAUGGCUCCAGAAGUUAUAGCUUGCGAUGAGAAUCCCGACGCUACUUACGACAAUAGAAGUGAUCUUUGGUCUCUCGGAAUUACCGCUUUGGAAAUGGCUGAAUCACAACCUCCACUUUGUGACCUACACCCGAUGAGAGCCUUGUUCUUGAUACCGCGUAAUCCACCGCCGAGACUGAAGUCCAAAAAAUGGGCGAAAAAGUUUCAUGGUUUUAUCGAAACUGUAUUGGUGAAGGACUAUCAUCAGAGGCCUUACACCGAACAAUUACUCAAGCAUCCAUUUAUUCGGGACCAACCGACGGAGAGACAAGUCAGAAUACAACUCAAAGAUCAUAUCGAUCGUUGUAAGAAACGCAAACAAGAGAAAGAAAGAGACGAUUAUCGAUACAGUGGUAGUGAAAACGAAGAAGACGAGCCGGCAUUGGCUGGCGAACCAUCCUCGAUAGUCCAAGCUCCCGGCGGUGAUACAUUAAGACGUAAUUUCCAGCAAAUUCAAGAAGGUCGAACGUUGACUCAAGAUGUAUCACCUCAAGCUCCAGCCGGUAAGGAAAAGCCAAAUCAAGGUAGAUCUCAGCGGGAAGUACCAGAACCAGGCCCGCCUGCGAGACCAGCCAUUCCACACAGACUCAUCGUCGUGCCAGAUCCGCAACCGCCUUCACGACCUUUACCACCGACACCUAGGGACGAUCCACGACAAUCCCACAAGGUCUCGACACCACCCUCCAAUCAUCAAGCACCUUCCGCUGGCGGUGGAGGUAGCGGGGGUUCUGGUGGUCAAGCUGCACCUCAAAGAAACAGUCACGUGUUUAAACCUAUGCUGCCGCCGAGGAGGCCAGAGGACUUGGACAUGCUGGCCGCUCAACUCAACGAGCUUGGUGUGUCACAGGGCCCCGAGGCCCCGCCUAGGCCCAACAGGCAACAUAAAGGCCCUCCAGCGACGUCAACCUCGAAUUCGGUCCAGCCAGCGAGCGCUAACGAUCAGAACAACAAACAGAUGCAGCAAUCCUCCAGUAUUCUCGAUCAAGCACUGUCGAUCGAGAGUGACAGCGACGACGAUCUCGAAGAUGCUGGUAGUAACAAUUUGAGGAACGAUGGUACACUUCUUGCUAGCGAUCCGCCUAAGCCUCUUCCCGAAUUUUCUCCUUUCAGGCCAUCAUCGGAUUCGUCGUCGUCGUCCUCGCACAACGCUCAGAAUUCGCAUCACGAAGGUAAGCCAAAAGGUGGAGCACCCAAUCGACCAUUGCCACCGACGCCAGAUGAGGAAGAAUCCGGAGAUCGUACACUAGUCAUGAAACGAAAACUUAGUCAGACAUCAGACGAUCGUGCAACGGCUAGCGACAACCGCCGCUCAGAGAUAGACGAGCAGCUCCUUCUGAAGGAGUGGGACUUCACCCGCUUCUUUCAGGGUUUUAACGAAAGGUUGGAUAAAAUGAAACAGGAGCACCAGCAAGAAGCGGCGGUCGGUACGAGCAAAUCUGGCAGCGAGGAUCGUUCCUCUUCUUCCGGUGAAAGAACCCUUAAGAGGCAGGAGCAGUUAGCGCGUAGGAAAUACGAGCAACAACAGCAGCAGCAGCAGCAACAACAGCAUCAUCAUCAGCACCAUCUUCAUCAGCAGCACCAGCAGCAGCAACAUCAAAAGCAACAACACCAACAGCAGCACCAACAGCAGCAGCAACUUAAGGCGGUUCACAGACGACAAGAGAGCGACUCGAAGCUCGGUAACACCUCGAGCGCAUUCGCCCGUGCAUUCCGCCGCGAAAAUUCGGAUUUCUUUCCGUCAACGAGGCACUCCGCUUAUCUACAAAAGUCGGAUUCCUCGAGAUCGAGCAUAUUCGCGAGUGGUAAUCGACGCGGCAGCGAGAUAAGCGUCGCAGGUAUAGUCGGUAAAAAGGGCAAUGCUCUUAAUACCGGCGAGCCCGUCCUCACGGACUUCUCGUUUGGACGCGAUGGGCCCCAGAGGCCAAGGAGAGAAAAGACAGAGAGCGAAAUCGUCUUUGGUAACAGGCACGAGGCGAGGAGACUCGACUUCGGACGCAAUAAAGACGAUACCACAAGGAGACGCAGUUGUAGACCUUCCGAUGCGGCCCUGGCCGCGCCAGAUGACGCGGGAACGAUUAAAUCCACGGCCAGUACAACGGCUAGCGAGUACAGCCCUGUUGUCACCCAGAAUCGAGAAGGUGGUGAUCGACCAAGAGGAGGCGGAGGUGGUGGCGGUGAAUUUCAAAGGUCGGACUCGUCGCCUGGUUCAAGGCCAAGCUCGGUUUUACCGGACCUUUUGACUUCAUCGCCGGGUCAACGUCAGGACAAGUCGACAAGCGAGGAGUAUCGACAAGCGGUUAAAUCACCACCCCCGUUUGCACUUCAACAGAAACAGAGAUCAUUCCUGACAUUUGGAUUCGGUGCUGGACCAGCCAGGAGAGAAUCCCACGUAAACGUUAACGUGACACCUACGAGUCACGAUUUGGCCUCCGAUACGCCUGAAAUACGAAAAUACAAAAAGCGUUUCAAUAGCGAGAUUUUAUGUGCCGCAUUAUGGGGGGUGAAUCUGUUGAUCGGUACGGAGAACGGGCUGAUGCUGCUCGAUAGGAGCGGACAAGGGAAGGUUUAUCAGCUGAUCAGUAGGAGACGUUUUCAACAAAUGGAAGUACUCGAGGGACAAAAUAUUUUGGUUACCAUAAGCGGUAAGAAGAAUCGUGUGAGGGUCUAUUAUCUCUCUUGGCUGAAGAGUAAGAUUUUACGUACCGACGGCCAUAGCGAUCAAGUCGAGCGGCGCAAUGGUUGGAUAAACGUCGGUGAUCUCCAAGGAGCAGUGCAUUUCAAAAUAGUCAAGUACGAAAGAAUAAAGUUCCUUGUCAUCGCGUUAAAGGACUCGAUAGAGAUCUAUGCUUGGGCACCAAAGCCCUAUCAUAAAUUCAUGGCUUUCAAAUCGUUCGGAGAACUAGCCCACAGGCCGCUUCUCGUUGAUCUAACCGUCGAGGAAGGAACGAGAUUGAAAGUUAUUUAUGGAAGCGCCGAUGGAUUUCACGCUGUCGAUUUGGAUUCGGCGACGGUUUACGAUAUCUAUCUACCGAAGCACACUCAGGGACCGAUUUGUCCGCACUGCAUCGUCGCCUUGCCGAACAGUAACGGCAUGCAACUUUUAUUGUGCUACGACAACGAGGGCGUUUACGUGAAUACCUAUGGCAGAGUAUCCAAGACGAUGGUCCUUCAAUGGGGCGAAAUGCCAACGAGCGUCGCUUACAUCGGCACGGGCCAAAUCAUGGGAUGGGGCAACAAGGCGAUCGAGAUUAGAAGCGUCGAAAGCGGCCAUCUCGAUGGCGUUUUUAUGCACAAGAAAGCUCAACGGCUCAAGUUCCUUUGUGAACGCAACGAUAAGGUCUUCUUCUCGUCAGCGAAGGGUGGAAGUUCGUGCCAGAUUUACUUCAUGACGUUAAACAAACCCGGCAUGGCUAACUGGUGAUCCCGAAUGAGGCCGUGUCUGGCCCCACGAACACCCCCGCGGAUUUUGACACACAAUCCACCGCGUGUGUCCGGUUACACGCCAUCGGCGCGCACCCUCUACCGCCCUUCACUGCCAGGCCUGAGCGCCAUGGAAUCGAGGAUAUGCGCGCACCAAUACCGACAGCAUCAUCAUCAUCAUCAUCAUCAUCAUCGUCAUCAUCAUCGUCAUAAUCAUCAUCAUAAUCAGCACCAUCAUAAUAAUAAUAAUAAUAAUAAUAAUAAUAAUAAUAAUAAUAAUAAUAACAAUAAUAAUAAUAAUAAUAAUAAUAAUAAUAAUAAUAAUAAUAUUAUUAGUCAGCGUCAAAGUCGACAUCAUAGUCAACGUCAACGUCACUAUCAACGUCAUCUCUCGACGCGUAUUUACGAUGAUUACGAGGAAGAGGAAGAGGAGGAGGAGGAGGAGGAACAAGAAUUAGAGGGCGGAACUUACAACGGAAGAUACCGACCAUAUCCUCGGCUCUCGUUACGAAGCACCUCGGGGACUUUAACUUUUGUGAAUCUUCUCGUCAAAAGGUUCCUGUGCUUUCUCGUUUGCCCGCCCUGUGGACCGCGUGGUACACCUUAACGCGAUCGAUCCUCUCCCCCGGGAUGGUCUUUUUUCUCCCCCAACCCUCCGCGAUUUUCCAUUCCAACGAAGAUUAAAUGGGAAACGAGGCAAAUGAAAAAAAAAAAAAAAAAAAAAAAGAAAAGAGAAAAAAAGGAAAAAAAGAGAAUAGAAAAAAAAAAAAGUAAUAAAUGAACGAGCGCGCGCGCCUGGAUGAACUUUGUACUUUGUCGCUCGCUGAUAAAUCGCUGUCGAAUCGUCGUCCCUUCUUUUCCUCGUCGUACCGAACGUUAAUUCUCCUUUGGAAAAUUGAUGCAAGCGUUCGUCUCUCGGUAGUAACCGAGAUCGAUUAUAGAUACUUGCGAGCACGAUAUUUAGAUAGAUCAUUAUUGCGAAAACGGGACAAACUUACUUUCGAUAAAUGCGCGAACGCUCACGAAAAUGAAUAUACGAAUGAGAUCGUGCGACGAUCGUGAACGAGUUAUCAGUCAAGCGACGAUAAAUCGCUAAUCGUAAAAUUGUUUAUUAAGCGCUAAGAACUCUUAACGACGUUGGUGAGUGUUUUUGAUCUUGUACGAGUAAGAAGACGUUGGUCUUUCCUCCUCUCCCUUCUCAAUAUGUUUUUACUAACAGUGGCAAAUUUUUCUAUCGAGCACAGAGCGAAGUGACGUUUCGCGUUUAUAUUGUCGAAGGCAGUCGUUUAGAUAUAUGGACGCGUGGAAGCGCGAUCUAUAAUGCGCGUCUACGGAUUACGAUCGUCAUCCAUCGUAUUCCAAUGUGCGUUGUAACAAAAAAAUUUAUCGACUGCUUUCACGCGAGCGUGUGCGAGAUAAGUGUGUGUGUGUGUGUGUGUGUGUGUGUGAGAGAGAGAAAGAGAGAGAGUGUAAAAGGAUGAAUCAAAGUUUUCACCGGCGACGCCGAGGUGAACGGUGAAGAUGAGUUACUGCAUGAUAUAACAUAAUAAAGUUAGACUUAAGUGAGAUAAUUACUAAUGUUAUUAAUUGUAUAGUUAUAGAAGCCGAGGAUUUUGUGGGCGCUCGAUCAAGACGACAAACGACAAUGACGACGAACGAAGACAACGACGACGAAAAGGCAAAAAAAACACAGUAAAGUACCAAGAGGCGAAAGAUAUUAAGACGAUAGUGACAAUGACGAUUUUGACGAAGAUUUAUCAGCGAUGACGAUGAUAACGAUUGAUGAUUAUAUAUGGUUGUAAUUGAUGACCGCGCGUGGGUAUAUCGAACGAAUCGCAUUUUUACAAAUAAUAGGUUAAUUCUAUUAGAGGUCUCGAGGACGUAGGAGAUGCGGAUAGCUACGUUUUCCUUUCCUUUCGAGAUGAUACUUUGACCGUUCGAGACCUUCUUUUACGUUUCUCUCGCAUCGCCGAAUAUCUACGGAAUCUAAUCAAGAUGAUCAAAAAAUUGUUCUCGUCGUGAGCUCUGCUUUAGCGUUCACAAUUUUUACGAUGGUCGAUGCGAGAUCGUCGAGAGGCGGUCGGUUGUUGCGAAGCGCCUUUAGCUUUUCUAAGAAAUUUCUAACUUAGCGAGACGACACGCACUUUCGAGUUACGGACGAACCUCCCCUUUUUUCUCCUCGUUCGUUGACCAAUACGCGAAUCGAGACCUCGUUUCGAAGCGUUAUCGAGGGCUAAUCUCAUAAUCUCCAAGAUACUCGGCGACUCGGUGGGAAACUUUGAAGAUUAAAUCUUAUAAUAUUGCUCUCAUUGACGUCGGAUUAUCCCCAAGAUCGACUAUAACGGACUUACGGUCUUACCGGAGGAACGAAGAUGGAAUGAAAGAGAGAGAGAGAGAGAGAGAGAGAGAGAGAGAGGGAGAGAGAAAACUUUGCUAGUUUAACGAGAAAGAUUCGAUGUUAACGAGAGUUACUGCUACCACACAAUGGAUCGUAUCCUAAUUGCAAUACUUUGUUGUUAAUCGACAAAUAUUCGUUCCAUGGAAUUUUCUAUAAGAAAGAAAGAAAGAAAGAAAAUAUACGUAUCUCAAGCAUGUACUCGCACUUCUUUCUUGUUUUUAUCUUUCUUUUCUUUGUUUUUUUUCCUUUUUUCUUUUUCUUUUUCUUUUUCUUUUUCUAUUUUUUUUUUUUUUUUUUUUAUAUUUAAAACUAGCACGUACGGUUAGAGAAAAAUUUGAGUUGGAAAAGAGAGGAAGGAAAAAAUAGAAAACACAAGUACACACGCUUAUAUACAUAGGUAUAUAUACAUAUGUAUGUAUAUGCGUGUGAGCAUUUAUGAAAAUAUCUUUUUUUCUAUUAUGAGCAGGCGGAGAUUAAACGUGACGUCAGACGUGUAACGCGCGUAAAACUCUUUCAGUCAACGCGUCAGUGAAGUAGUGAGCUUAAAGCUUGGUAAAAACUGUUUGACAGAGAUUCGCGGCAUCUUUUGACGAGAUUAUUUGUGCAGUCGUAAAAUCGGCUUUUCCUGGAAAAUCCGAUGAUUCAAAUGCACCCGACUGGGUUACAGGCGGACUCCAGGAUUUACGUUAAGUAAUGCUCCAGCAUUUCGGCUUUUUAAAAUAUAUAAUUUUCUUGUGAAAUGCACUUGCCGUGCACAUGCCUACGCUAAAUCUCAUAUGUGAAUUCAUUUUUCAUUUAUUAUUAAGCGGAUAUAAAACUUUAAAGAGAUUUGCAAAAUAGCGAUAAUUGAAGAAUCAUUAGUAUUUUUGUUACUACCUUUUUACUUUUCUCUUUAUUUCUUUCCAUGGAACGAAUUUAACAUUUUUUAUUUUCUAUUUUUGUUACAGUGAUCGCGAAAGCAUUUAUUUAUCUAUAUAUAUCGCUUGAAAAAAAUGCAUAUUAUUAGUUUUAUGUCUAAGAUACACGUAGUCCUGGCGAAAUGUGAUAGGUAAUACGGUGAUGUUACUUUUUCCUAUUAUCGAUGAUAUGAUUCAUACGGCUUAUCACAUCUUACGUUUCUAUAAGCUCUUUAUCAUCAAUUUCUUUUUUUUUCUCCAUUUUUCUUCACUUUUCUUCACUUUUGGUAUCUCGAUCGAAUUACGUUCGAGACCGCUCGUCGUUUGUUGGUUCCUUAAGGAAGGAGGGGCAGGAGGGGGAGGAGCUCUGGUUAGUGCAACGAAAGACUGCUUUUUAAAACGGAUGGAAGCUUUUUAUCGCUCGUAAAGAGAGAACGAGAGAGCGAAAGAGAGAGAGAGAAAGAGAAAAUUAAUGAGUGAUAGUGAUUUUUUGGCGAAUGCUGCAUGACUGUGUACGGUUAUUUACGGUUAACAGGAAUUCUAAUAAUAUUAUAACAAUAAUAUUAUUAAUUAUCUUAAUCAGUCCCGCGCGAACUAAUUUUAUACGAAAAUUUUCCUCUAUCUCCGUACCUUCCCUUUAUCCCUCUAACUUUGACCACACUUUUCCCUCCCUUCUAUUCUCUCGACCUACUUCACUUUUUUUUAUCCUAUUCGCUUCCUUUUUACCCAUUUUCUUAUAUAUUGUCUCCCAAAGAAUGGUAGUGAUGUUUUUAUAUUAUAAUAAUAAUUAUUACCGCAAUUUAUUGAUUACAUUAUUAUUAUUAUUAUUACUAUUAUUACUAUUAUUACUAUUAUUUUUAUUAUUAUUAUUAUUAUUAUUAUUAUUAUUAUUAUUAUUAUAUUAUUAUUAUUAUUACGAUUAUUAUUAUUAUUAUUAUUAUUCUUAUUAUUAUUAUUAUUAUUACGAUUAUAAUUAUUAUUAUUAUUAUUCCCAUUCUUAUGGUUAUCACGAAUCAUCAUUAGAUGCGGUAUAUUAUGAUUACGAUGAUUAUAUUAUGAUUACGCUGCUAAGGUCAAAUAUACGGACAAUUCGUAA